AUGACAGAACGCUACAUGUACGAGCAACCAAACAAGCUAAAGGCCGACGGCUCCAGCUACCGUGAAUGGUGCGUUAAGACGCGAGCCAAGAUCAACCAACAGAAGUUGGGCAAGUACCUACAGCCGUGCUACGAUCCGGACGGCAAGUACAAGUCGGGCCUGGAAAUGGACGACGACCUGGUGGCGCUGUCCUACAUCCAGCUGUCAGUUCACAACGACCAUCUCAAGUACAUCCAACAUGUAGAGACAACGUAUGACACGUGGAACGCGCUCAAGGCCAUCUACGAGAACACGUCAGAAGUCAGCCUGGUGACGCUGCAAAUGAAAAUGUACAAGCUCGACUGGAGCGAACGGAUCGGCCUCGAGUCCUUCGCCGACCAGUUCCAAGAACUCACGCGCAAGAUGACCGCCGCCGGCGAUGGCACCCCAGAGCGGUCGCACGUCACCCGGUUCCUGUGCCUACUGCCACCGCGCUUCGCGAACACCGUAAGUUACAUUACGCGCGAGAGCCGCGACACGACCAAGUUCGCCACGAUGCGGUCCGUCCUAGAAGAGCUCAAGUUAGACGACGAACGUCAGCAGCUCAGCAACCCAAGUCUACGCAAAAACGCCGACAGAUCGGACGACGCGCUCAACGCGACGGUCAACGGCGAAUGCCACUACUGCCACAAGGCCGGCCACUUCCGGAGCGAGUGCCGCCGUCGACAAAACGACGAAGCCAAAGGCGUCCAGCGGCGCAACGUGCGGGACAAGCCACAAGGCAAUGGUGGCGGACGUGGCAGCUAUGACGGCGGCCGGAACGGCGGCCGCUUCAGCGGACGAGGACGUGGACGCAACAGCGGAAAUGGUCGUGGCGGAGGCCGCCCGAACUGGCGCGGCGCCGAUCAUGGCAACUACGCCGAAGAAGUCGAAAUGGAAGAUAUCUUCAUGAUUGAAGAAGACCUACCUGUGACCAGCUGUCCGGAUGACGAGGACACAUGGUGGCAGACAGACGUAGACCCGGCCAUCGAGCCCGAAACCGACGAUGUCUCCACAGAGCUGUGUCAGUAUGCGACGGACGAAACCGACGAGUGCAACGCUGCGGCGAUGUACGUGCGUGAAGCCAUCAUCGACAGCGGCGCCACCGCGCACAUGACAGGCGACAUCGAUUUGCUGCACUCCGUCGUGGCCUGUGCCCGCGGCGUCCGCCUAGCCGACGGCCACCCCAUUCCCGUGACGGCAAUGGGUGACCUGAAGAUCAAGUCAGAUGAAACAGGACGCACGGCAACGUUCAAGAACGUCCUUUACGUACCGACCCUCAAGAAGACACUCGUACAUGCAGCACGGGCCACCGCCGUCGAAUCCAAGCGAUCGGCGUCGAGGAACAAGAUCAUCGCAAACGCCACGACCGCACAGCCAGAGCGGAAAGCGAGCGACCGCGGACAAUCACCGCACAAGACAAUGCGGACGGAAGGCACACGCGGAGUGGCGACCAAGGUGCCGUGGCAACAUCCCAUCGACCAGGACGACUCAUCCGACGCGGCCAAUGCAGCUUACGAUGUGUGCUUCAACGCCACAGACGUGGACGAGGACGUGCCCGCGACUUUCCGCGAAGCCAUGCAGUCAGCUGACGCGACCGGCUGGCUGGAAGCGUGCAGGAAGGAGAUAGGUAACCUCGAAGCAAUGGAAUGCUACAAACUCUCCCAGGCACCAGACGGCACGCGCACAUUGAAGUCAAAGUGGGUGUUUAAGAGAAAGGACAUGCCAGAUGGUACUCAGAUCUUCAAGGCGCGCGUCGUAAUCAAGGGUUUUGCGCAAAGAUAUGGAAUUGAUUACGACGAAACAUACGCGCCCGUCAUCAGAGGCGACUCUCUACGGCUAAUCCUAGCCAUCGUCGCGGCCACAGGCAUGAAGUGCCGCCAAGGCGACGCUACGAAUGCAUACAUCCACGCCAAGAGCGACCGCGAACUUUACAUGGUGCCACCCGACGGGUUCGAAGCCAGCGGCAUGGUCUGGCGUAUACUCGGCGCCCUCUACGGCCUAAAGCAGAGCGCGCUGCUAUGGUACCAACAUUUCAAGGCCAUCCUGGAAGAUCUGGACUUCGCAGCCACGUCAAGCGACAGCUGUGUGUUCACAAGGCGAGUGAAUGGCCGCCUCCAGAUCGUGACCAUCUACGUGGACGACGUGUUGGUCUGCGCUAGUGACGACAACGAGAUCACAAGCGUGUUCACUCACCUGCAGCAACGUAUCCGACUCAACGACCUCGGCCCCAUCUCCAAGCUGCUCGGAAUGGAGAUCGACCGCAACGAAGGCGACAAGUCAAUGUACGUCACUCAGAGAACGUACAUCGAGCGAAUGGCCGUCAAGUACGGCAUGGACAAGAGCAAGCGCGUCGACACGCCUAUACCAGCCGGCACCCAUAUGACCGAAGACGCUGGCCUACCACUGGACGACGACAAACCGUUCCGGCAGAUUGUCGGCUCCCUGCUAUACUGCGCCAUGUCCACGCGCCCCGAUAUUGUGCACGCAGUGACGCAGCUCUCCCGCCACCUGUCGACACCGCACCACAUGCACAUGCUCAUGGCCAAGCGCACAGUAGCCUACCUUCUACACACCAAGGACAUUGGAAUCACGUACCACGGCCAACCAGCCGGCAGCAGCGAACUUAUCGGCUUCUCAGACUCCUCGUGGGCCGACGACAGACCUACAGGACGCUCAACCUGCGGCUAUCUAUGGAUGCUCGCGUGCGGGCCAAUCUCAUGGCGAUCGAAGCUACAAGCACUCGUGACUUUGUCUUCCACUGAAGCGGAAUACGUAGGUGCGUGUCUCAGCGCCCAGCAUGGAAUCCACCUGGACAACCUCAUGGACGAACUUGGCAUCAAGGAUAAUGGUAAAGCCAUCACUCUCUACCUCGACAAUCAGAGCGCCAUCGCCAUCGGCUCCAACCAAUCCAGCGUCCAGCGUACCAAGCAUUUGGCGCUGCGCUUCUACUUCCUCCGCGACAUGGUGCGUGGUGGCAAGUUCAAGCUCACCUACCUCCCGACCAACAUCAUGCCCGCCGAUGUGUUCACCAAGCAUGUGACCGGCGACAAACUGCGUGGAGCCAUGCGUUUCAUGGGCAUGGGAGGCUAUUGUGGUUUUUGCCCAUAG